CCACAUUUUGCUUCAUCCCUAAUGUUUAGUUGUCCUCUGUAUGUGCAAACCAGCGCGUGAGAGCUCCAGUUAAACAUGGCGGGUCUGUGUGUGCGUGCAGUGAGGCACAUUUUAACGACUCCUUCGCUUUCCAGGAGGACGCCGCGGCUCCUGUGCACGGCAGCACAGCAGAAGAGUUCAGGAGGACCAGAAGAAGAAAGUGCCGCUCAGAAAGCAGAGCAGAACGCCGCUGAGAAAGCGUUAGUUGAGGAGAAAGUCCAGCUAGAGGAACAGCUGAAGGAUCUAACGGAUAAAUACAAGCGAGCGCUGGCAGACACUGAGAACCUCAGACAGAGGAGUCAGAAGCUGGUAGAUGACGCUAAACUUUAUGGAAUCCAGGGUUUCUGUAAAGACCUGCUUGAGGUGGCGGACGUCUUGGAGAAGGCGACGGAGAGCGUCCCGAAGGCGGAAGUGACCUCGCAGAAUCCUCACCUGAAGAACCUGUACGACGGGCUGGUGAUGACGCAGGUGCAGAUCCAGAAAGUUUUCACCAAACACGGCCUGGUGAAACUGAAUCCGGUCGGGCUGAAGUUCGACCCGUACGAGCACGAAGCGCUGUUCCAAAUACCCUUCGAGGGCCAGGAACCUGGCACCGUCGCCACGGUUACCAAAGUGGGCUACAAGCUGCAUGGCCGCACCUUGCGACCUGCGCUCGUGGGCGUGGUCAAAGCUCAGUGAAAACCUUCAACCGGUACAGCCCAGGUUUAGUCUGGUUCUGCUUUCCGGUUCGAUGCGGUUUGCCUGAACUCGACGGACGAUAGCGGACUGAUUUGAAUUCCUCUAUGAAUAUUAUCACAGUUUAUAUAAUAAUGUUGGAUGUGGAAGAUGGUGAGAGUGAAGCAAACGCCAUUUUUUGUUCAUCCGUGUAACAUUCAUAGUGUUUUUGUUUUAGGAUUGUAAAUGUACAUCUGAGAAAAAAGUUGCAUGUCUAAAAACAUGGCAUGUGACGAAAAGGCUCGUCAGCGUGAACGCAUUUGUGACGAUGCUGUUAAGCAAUGGGGGGAAAAGGGGGUCCAAGAAAAUGAUUGUGAAAUCAGCUGUAGUAAUGUAUGUCUGUGACUUUGUAUAUUCAGAUAUUUAAAUGUCUUUUGUCCUGUCUUUUGUCUCCACCACACACUGCUCUAACCACCUGCUGUCAGAUUAAAUGAUAGAACAUGCUCACUGAA